UUUAACAAUUUUAUCGCUACUUUUUUAGUCAUCGGUUUUUUCAGUCGAUUUUCCAAAAAAUCCCCGUAACUACAAUCUCAUCGCAUCAAUCCAUUUAAUUAACAUGGAAUUAACCUGAUGUAGAUACCAAUGUAUGUAUUUGUCCGUAUCAUAUGGUUCAAUUUAAUUUUCGUAUCCGCGAACAAUUUGUUGAACGUUAUCAACCAUUUCGGUUUGUUAAUUAACGAAAUUCUGUUUUUCAUAUUCACGUGGCGUCACGGAUUUAUCAAAUUCUUAAAAAUCAUUUUACAUACUAAUUCCCUUAACUGUGUAUCUCACGAAAGGGGGUGCUCGGCUUAUACGUGUGACGUGCCAUCAGCUUUAAAGCACCCCUUACCACCGUAACCCUUUUACUUUAAGCCAAUUCGUUAAACUUGAAUAUAUUUUCCGAGUAAUCAGUCUUAACUCGAUUACACUUUACACGCAGAGUGGCUGCCAGUGCCUGGCGCAGUUUCAUCUUUUUUUUGCACGUACAUAUGCUUAUAACGCUUGCGCCGCUUUGAUUUUUUCGCAUUUUCAGGAAAUCCAGAAUAUCGUCGGAAAAAAUUAUUCCGUCCAAAAAUAAAAGUCAGCCCGAGAUUAAUCCAGGAAUUACAGAUUGCGAAAACAUUCUAUCACCAUAGCUUUAUUUCCAGGCCAUUCAAAAUAUCGAAGGAGAUUACCCGGUGGAAAAAUUGAGCAAAGGGGAGAGGACCAUCUCCAAUCUCAUCGGAUUACUAAUUAAAACUGAAUUCUUCCCAAUUAUCAGCUUCUUAGUCGAACGAUCAAGGUCUACCGGUAAUACCAAAGAAGGGGUAGCGGUACCGUCGACGAAGAUACCCUUCAAAACCUUUUAGAAGGAGAUUAAGAUCCUAUCAUCAGUACAACAACCUUUGGCAAAAUAAUCCACAACGAAUAAUCCAAUCCUACCAACUGUACCAUUUACAUAAUUAAAAAAGGAAAAUCCGAUUAUCACUAACCCGACCAUUUAACAUUUCGAUAUUAGUCACAGCACGAAAAACCCUAAUAUCCAAAAAUUUUCAAAAAAGGUAAAACUCAAAACCCAUAUUAAAAAAAAAAAGCACUAACCUUGCGAAAGGUAUAGAAAUAAGCGACCGAGAAGAGACAGGUAAAAUACCGUAAAAAUCAUAAGGAGAGAACGAAGCCAAGAGCCUUUUCCCUAUCCCACAUUCCCUACCCUAUUUUCAGGUUGCAACGAGCUACUGCAAAGCAGUAACGUCGCGCGCAAACACGUACGUUAGAUACGUAAUGCGUGGAGGGACGUAACGUAGGGCGUAAAUUGCCGUAGCGUUUCAGUGUUUCAGGUUUUAGGUUAUCCUAGUAGCUGGGAUUGUCGGUUUUGGGAGCCGUGGCUCUCAGCGCCACUCUUCAGCCAUCCCGUACAGUUUAUCUGUGAGGAACGUGGUCCAGAAGGCUGAGGAUAGAGGAAGAGGGAGAAAGAGAGACAGAAGGGAACAGUGAGAAAGUGAGUGAAAGAAGGAAACUACUAUAUGUACGACUGUGCAAGUGUGGCACGAAGAGCCCAUUAGAGUCUCGGGUCAGUGUGGGUCCCAUGUAAGCGAUGCGUUGGUGUCCCGCGAGAGGAACCCUGGGAGAAGCUCCACCGAAAGCCAAGAAGCUUUUAAUCUGGUGAGGAUUGGACCGGCGCCAGGAAGCAGGAGGGAAACUGUUGUAGCACUUGACGACGUGGAUAGCAGGGACGAGUCGUGGAUCGUUGGAUGCCUUUUGAACGUGAUUGGUGAGGAGAAUGUAAUUAGUGACGGGUCUUCCGGACAGCUUCUGCUUGGCUGACAUUGCUCGUGGACCGCGUGAGAGGUGUCGAACCACCGUCGCGACGGCGGCACUGGUGCGCCGAGGUGGAACGAGAGGAAGGUGCAGGAAAACCGGCGCGAAAGUAAUCGCACGGGCCUGGACCGAUGGGUAGACACUCGGUCCACUUCAUUUGCCAUCUCAACGAGGUGCCGUUAAACUGAAUUGAAAAGUGUCCUCGUACAAGGUGCUGGAGUUUCUGGUGGUUCUUGCUGUAUCUAUAGCCUACCCGGAGCUGGGGAUGAUUACAGUGCAGCUAGAUGGUGCUUCUUAGUGUUCGUGGUUCGUGUCUGUGCUCUGGUAUACCAUAGUAUAUAUAUAUACAUAUAUAUAGUGUCGACUGCCGCUGUGUCACCUGGUGAAUUCUCAAUAGCAGUGCAUGGAUCGUUCGUGCUGGAGCGAUACGAAUUCUAUGGUGGUUCUCCGGAGCUGAAGAUAUAGCCGAGAGAGGGAGAUUCUCCUCGUUGGAUAUUAUCAGGGCUUUUACGUGGGUCUCAGGAGUGCCGAAGGUAUACAGCGAACCAUGGCGACAGCCACUAUGGGUCUACGUCGACGCGUACCGGUGAACAAUUCACCGACCCCGUCGAGCCAUUCAUCGUCAUCCGGCUCUAACAAACGUUCCAGAUCAGAGAACAACAACAGUCCAUCUCAUGGAAAUUUAAAUUCACCAAAUUGUUCGAGCCACAACGAACCGCCGACGAAGAAGUCCCGAGGGACUUCGACGAGCGCCUCCAAGAACUCGACUGUAUCGUCCUGCUCGUCGCCGGGAACAGAUUCUAACGCGGGACAAUCCUCCAAGAGCCGUGGGACUUCGAACAAGUUCACUUCCCAAGGGAAGAACUCCUCGGCGAGCGGAAGUUCCACUACCUCUAUCAAUGCUACCACCACUACGUCCUCGAAUACACUGUCGUCUCUAGCGACUGCAGAGGCUAACGGGAACGGACUGGUUACUCCUGUGGCGGCUUCAUGGUCAACCGGACCAUCCAUGGCGGAUGGAUCAUCCUUUGGUUCUGUUAACGCCAUCGGUAUCAACGGUAAUCAGUCGAGCAUGUGCGCAGGAAGCUUAAGUAUGCCUUCGACGAUACCGUACAUGGCCACGUCGAUGGCGACCUUCGUCGGGAAUGCUACGAAUCUUGGUAAGAACGGAUCGGUUUCGUACCUGGACAUUUCUAAUAUGACGGCGGGAGGAAGUCUGAAUGGAAGCGGAAAUAGCAUGACUGGUAGUUUCGUAGCUGGCGCUAAGGGAGCUGGUGCUAUGGAUAGUAAGAGUGGUAUAGGUUUGCCGUUUACGGGGGUAGCACCAGGCACCGCCAGUGCCAACUUUGUCGGGAAGUCUGGUCAGGGCGUGGACGUUACAACCGGUGCACCUAAAAAGUUUCAAAACGAUGCGAUGUUCAGUGCUUAUCAGCCAUGGGUAAUUAAGACCUACGGUGAUCUGGCAAAGACGAAGACUAUUACUAUCAAGAAAUACGCAAGGAUUUUGAGGACACUACGCGGGGAGGAAGUGAACAGCGCUGAAAAUAGCAAGUUUCGUUUUUGGGUAAAGAGCAAGGGAUUUCACAUUGGACAACCUGAGGGAUACGACGCGAAACCCGCUGACAGGAUUGUCGGCCGACAUGCUGUCACCAAUCCUGGUUUGGAUCCUCCGCUCUAUGUGCCGACACAGCUACCGCACAACAAGGCAUUAAAUGGCGCCGAGGGUACCGUAUCUCCAGGAAGGGUAUACAAAAAAGUGGCCAUCGUAGAGAACUUCUUCGACAUCAUACAUGCGGUUCACGUCGAUCUGGAGGGUCGUCCAGGAAAACACGCCGGCCAAAAACGCACUUAUCGAACGAUUACGGAGACGUACGCGUUUCUACCCAGAGAAGCUGUGACGCGGUUCCUGUUGGGUUGCACCGAGUGCCAGCGACGUCCCAGGACGCCCAGUCCUACCAACCUCUCGAAUCAGUCACAAAGCGCGGCGGCGUCAUCCACGUCAACCCCUCUGAGUCCAACGCCUGGUACCGCAUUGUCCGCGUCGCCUGUUCAGAACAGUCCGAAACCACGUGAGGCAAGUCAUGCUCCAGAGAGUAAGACUCUCUUCAACUACAGGCAUCCGAAGCAUCAGAAGUCUGUGGUGCCGACCCCGGUGGCUGCGGCGCCAGCGCCGGAAAAGAUUGAGAAGGAGGAGAAAUACAAUCCACUGAGUAUCAGCAAUAUACUGAAGAAAGAGCCCAGCAGCACCUUCGCAUCCAGUACCGACAACCUGACCGAGUCUAGGAGAACGCCGGAAUCCGACAGAGCAAGCUCACGUAGCUCAGCGUCAUCCAAGAGGAGGAGGAUGCUACCCGAAGGACGAACACCGUCUCCGCAGCCUUCGACUCCAUUGCCCAGACCCUGGAGUCCUAGUAUAGACCCCAAGAACACUCCCAUAGACUACAGUCUUCCCAUAACGACCCUGUACCUGAAACAUCAGCAGCGAAUCCUCGCUGAGAAGAACAAGGCCUCGCUUAAAUCUGAACUCGAGCAGCAGCAACAGACGCAGCAGCAGUCGCAGCAACAACCGCAACCAGUUGUGAUCACGCCGGAAAUUGAAAUUAUCGAGAGAGAGAGGUUCUCACCAGCUGCUGGUCUCAUUGAUACCAACCUUAACCUUUUGGCUACUAUUCAGCAUCUGCACUGCCAGGUGAUGCUGGCUCUCACCGAGAGACUAAGACCGUCGGUCGUACCAACACCUUUGGUACUGCCAUCCGGACCCAGUGUUUUACCUGGCAAUGUCAUCUCGUCCGAAAUUUCGAUACCGACAGGAUUCAGCCCGAACAAUUCCUGAGUUCGUUCUUAUGUAGGUCAUCUUUUGCGAAUUUAUUGAACUGCAGCCGGAUUUAGGAUGGCUGCUGUAUCCGGAUCAUUCGUUAUUCAUCUGUUCGAUAGUCACUUGGACUACGUGCAUUUAACUGAAUAAUUAUAAGUGACAAGUAAUGGUAUAUUUAAGUGAUUCGAUGGGGGGUGGAAGGAUGGGUUUCUUUGAAUAUGUGUAUCGUGGAUAGAGGGUCCUCGUAGUUCGACUGAUUAAUUAUUACCGAUAAUUUCACAGGCGAGGAUGCAGUUCAAAAAUUAAUUUCUUAUUAGUCUGUACUGACAUUCUUGUCGCUAUGACGUACCGAAUUAUUCAGAUUUUUGGAGUCGAUCUCCGAAGAAUAUUUUAUGCAUUUACAACUCUUAUCAGCGUAGGUAGAAGUUUAUUGACAUCACCGUUUUCGGUAUGAUUUUCGAUAAAAUCGAUCAGAUAGUUUUCAUUCGUCCUAUGGAAUAGUUCUGUCAAGAAAAUUUUCAUGUGACAUGGGAUUUCGUCAUUUCUUCAACGAUUCAUGUCAAUUUCAUUGAUCACUGAUGAAAAUCACGUUAUAUAUUAUUUGUCAUCUUCAGUCAGUUAGAUGAUAAUACUUUUCGUGUCUGACCGUGUAGAGCUAGCUUCGUGUAUAAUUACAUAAAGUAUCUUCUUGUAUAAUAAAGUAGCUGUGAAAUCAUGGUUGAAAAAAAAAUACAAUCGUGGAGUAGUACAAUAGUAUCCAUAUAGGCCUUAAGGUGUGCUUAUAUGAAAUGUUUGCUGAAACACUUGAUAAAUGUCGCGAAAGUAGAAAGUGAGAGAAAGAAAGAAAAUGAAAGUCCGUUAAAUUGAGAAAAAAAAAGUAACAAAGCAUAGCACGUUACACGUACGUACCCUGUAUGACGUGAAUACAAAAAAGCCUAAAGAAGCAGAGAAAUACACGGAUACGCGAAAAAAAAAGGAAAAUUUGAUUUUGUAAAUAAUCUUUGUAACAUAGCGCAAACCUCUUAAGGUUAAAUACAUAUGUACGUUAUUAUUAAUGAUAGUAUUAUUAAUUAUUAUUGUAUUAAUGUUAUUAUAUUUAAAAUGCACACC